UCUCCCUCUCGGUGGCUGGCCAAGCUCCUCUCCUCUGUGUCCUGCUCUCCACCUGGCCUCCAUGAGUUUAACUGAGGACAAGCCAUUCCUCCCUGGAAGAUGGGAAAUGCUUCAGACACAUCUGCUGUGUUUGUCUCCACCAUCUCCAAGGAGCAUGACAUCUUCAUGGGUUCACUCUACAGUGUAUUCUGUAUACUGUCCCUCAUUGGCAACUCCAUUCUGCUACUUGUUGCUCAUCACAAGCGGUCAACCUUGAAACCAGCAGAAUUCUUUAUCAUCAAUCUCUCCAUCAGUGACCUUGGGAUGACACUCACUUUACUUCCACUGGCAAUACCAUCUGCUUUUUCACACAGGUGGCUGUUUGGAGAAACCAUCUGCCAGCUCUAUGCUACGUGCGGAGUGCUGUUUGGUCUAUGCAGCUUGACAAACCUCACAGUCCUCUCCUUAGUGUGCUGCCUUAAAGUCUGCAUCCCUAACCAUGGUAACAACUUCUCCUCGUCACAUGCCCGCCUCCUGGUGGCUGGAGUGUGGUGUUACGCGGCUGUGUUUGCUGUGGGGCCCCUGGCACACUGGGGACAUUACAGUGUCGAGCCUUACGGGACAGCCUGCUGCAUUGACUGGCAUGCACCCAACUAUGAGCUUUCAGCUUUGUCUUACAUUAUCUGCCUUUUCUUCUUUUGCUAUGUGCUGCCCUGCACCAUCAUCUUCCUCUCCUACACUUUUAUUCUGCUGACCGUGCGGGGGUCACGUCAGGCCGUCCAGCAGCAUGUGUCACCACAGCCCAAGACCACCAGUGCACACACUCUCAUUGUCAAGCUGUCUGUAGCAGUGUGCAUUGGCUUCCUGGCUGCUUGGUCCCCAUAUGCUGCCGUGGCUAUGUGGGCUGCUUUCGGGGAUGCCACGCAAGUUCCUCCUGCUGCUUUCGCCCUUGCUGCAGUGUUUGCCAAGUCUUCUACUAUCUACAACCCUAUGGUGUACCUGCUGUGUAAGCCCAACUUUCGCGAGUGCUUAUACAGAGACACUUCUAUGUUACGACAGAUGAUCUACAGGGGGAGUCCGCAGUCAGAGCCGAAAGAACGUUUCGGCUCCACAUCACAGCCCAACAAGGACAUGAGCGUCUCCACGCGCUUUUCAAAUGGGCAGCAGGAGAGCUACGGAGCGUGUCUGCACUGCACUGAGAAUGCAGCUUUGUGUCAUGUGACACCCCAAAGGACUGCCUGCAUCCUUACUGGAUCCACCUACACAGAGGUGACAGUCGCCCAACUCUCAGCCAAACCACAGGCUGCGUUCCUCUAGUGGAACAGCCUCAUUCUUUCAUAAAACAAAUAAGAGAUGACACGUGUCCAAAAAAAGACAGAGAUUACCUAACAAUGAAGGCUCCUGCACAGGUUAUAGUGUGUUUCACUGAGACUUCACCACUUUUGCAAAACUCUGCACUGUGCUUGUUUCAUCUGAGAAGAUUUGCCACAGAAACCUAUACUUUUAAUGUCCUGUCUUGACAUCUACUUCUGUGUCAGCUUGUUUCCUGUUUCAUUUAAAUGUGCAGUAAUUUAAAAGGGUUCCAAAAAAGCAGAAAACGAGAC